AUGCGACCGAGGUCAAUUGGCUGCGCAGUCGCAUACUUCCGUCGGCCAGCACCCAUCCUCUUCUGUGGCAGCCAUGUUUCCAAACGAAGACUAGCAACCCAAAUCCAGCACUCGGCAGCCUUCGCAGAGCCAGACCAUGGCAAAGAACGCGUGGUAAUACUCGGCUCUGGCUGGGGCGGGUACACGCUCUCGCGAAAGCUGUCUCCGAAAUCGUUCAAACCGCUCGUCAUCUCACCGCGCUCCUACUUUGUCUUCACGCCGCUGCUGACCGAGGCCGCCAGCGGGUCGCUGGACUUUUCCAACAUCGUGGAGCCGGUGCGCGAUCCGCACGCGCGGGUGGACUUCAUCCAGGCGGCGGCGCGGGCGGUCGAUUUCGACAAGAAGACGGUCCUGUGCGAAGCGACCGUGGUCAAGAGCGGGGUGACGGAGUCGCCGCGGACGCCGGGCGAGGAGCGCGCGACGGAAGAGGGGCCUGAGACGACGCAGUCACCGCCUCUGGCGCGGACGCGGCGCUGGGAACAGGGCGAGAUGUUCGAGGUGCCAUACGACAAGCUCGUGAUCGCCGUGGGCGCGGUGAGCAAGACGUUCAACACGCCGGGUGUCCGGCAGAACGCCAUGUUCUUCAAAGACAUCGGCGACGCACGGCGGGUGAAGAGGCGGGUGCGCGAAUGCUUCGAGCUGGCGGUGCUGCCGACAACAACCCCGGCGAUGCGGCGGUGGCUGCUGCACUUUGCGAUCGUGGGCGCGGGUCCCACGGGCACGGAGCUUGCGGCGUCGCUGCGCGAUUUCAUCACGAAGGACCUGAUCGCGCUGUAUCCGGGGCUGGCCGGGGUGCCGCGCAUCUCGCUGUACGACGUGGCGCCCAAGGUGCUGUCGAUGUUUGACGAGUCGCUGUCGCGGUAUGCGAUGGAGACGAUGCGCAAGGAAGGCAUUGACAUCAAGACCUCGCACCAUGUCGAGGGUCUGCGCUGGGGCGCGCCCGACGCCGCGCCGCCGUACGAGAUGGACCCGAAGCGGUGUCUGACGCUGACAACGGCCGAGGAAGGGCCGGUCGGGGUGGGCAUGUGCGUGUGGGCAACGGGUAACGCGAUGAACAAGUUUGUCGCCAACGCGUUGCAGCAGGUCGAGCCGUUCCCGGCGGCGUCGGCGGUGAUGAAAGACGGUAGUGCGGCGUCAGACCAUACGGUGGACGCUCAAUGGCACGUCAAGAAGGCGCCCAAGGUGGGUGCACUGCUAGUGGACGGACACAUGCGCGUGCAGCUGGAGAACGCGGAUGGACAGACGGCGGUGCUGCAGGACGUGUAUGCGCUGGGAGACAAUGCGAUGCUGGAGACGGGAGCACCGCCGGCGACGGCGCAGGCGACAUCGCAGGAGGCCAAAUGGCUGGCAACGCGGCUCAACCGCGGGGACCUGGCGACAUCGCCGCCGUUCUCCUUUCACAACAUGGGCACGAUGGCGUACAUUGGCGACGCGCGCGCGCUGAUGCAGUUCCCGCAGGAGCAGGGGAGCGGACAUCUGACGGGGCGCACGGCGUCGUUUGUGUGGAAAUCAGCGUAUCUGACGAUGAGCAUCAGCUGGCGGAACAAGCUGCGAGUGGGAUUCCGGUGGUUGUUGAACAAUCUGUUUGGGCGCGAUGUGUCGCGAUACUAA